AAGAGAGAGAGAGAGAGAGUAUUGAUAUGCAUAUAACUCCCACCCCACGACCAAAUUUCUCAUACAGUCAUUUCUCACGACAGAUGAGAAAAUUGAUUCUAUCCCUUCUAGAAGCCUCCUUCAAUCGCUGCACAGACCUUAGAGUCCUCCACGGUCACACCAUCGUGUUAGGUAUCAUCCGAGACUCUUUUGUAGCGAGUCGACUCGUUGAGUUCUGCUUCAAAUCGGGCCGAGGUGAUCCGCAUUACGCCCGAGUCGUCUUCCACUCGUUGGAUCUGCCAGAUGUUUACACAUGGAACGCCAUGAUAAUUGGCCAUGCCGAGCGUGACUCGCCCAACUCCGGUGUUUCCUACUAUUUCCAGAUGCUAGCUCGGCGGGUUCCACCGGAUAAUUAUACGUUUGCCCUUGUUGUCAAGGCUUGCAUGAUGGGUAGUUGUGAGGACAAUGAAUUAGGGAGGAAGAUCCAUGGCCAGAUCUUGAAACAGGGUAUGGAGGACUUGGUUGUUGUGAGGAACUCACUCAUGAACAUGUAUUGCAAAAUGGGUCAAUUUGAAGAUGCUCGAUUGUUGUUCAAUAAGAGCUUGAUUUUGGAUUUAGUAUCAUGGAAUUCAAUGAUUUCUGCUUAUGGUAAACAAGGUGAUGUUGAAUCUGCAAGAGAGCUGUUUGAUAAAAUGCCACAGAGAAGUUUGGUUUCUUGGAGUGCCAUGAUUGAUGGAUAUGUAAAAAGUGGUAGUUUUGUGGAGGCUUUGAGGCUCUUCAGUGAGAUGCAAGCUUUGGGUGUGAAACCUGAUGUGGUCACACUGGUUACUGUGUUGAAGGCUUGUGCUAACUUGGGUGCACUUGAUCAAGGGAGAUGGGUUCACCUUUAUAUUAAUAGGAUCAAGAUAGGGUGGGAGAGGAAUGUUGUUCUUGGGACUGCUCUCGUUGACAUGUAUGCUAAGUGUGGGUGCAUAGAUGUUGCAUUUGAAUUGUUUGAUGGGAUCCAUGUCAAGGAUGCUAUACUGUGGAAUGCAAUGAUUGGUGGGCUUGCAAUGCAUGGGCAUGGAAGGGAAGCAUUGGAGAUCUUUUCAAGGAUGCGAAGGCAUGGAAUGAUGCUGAAUGAGACAACAUUCUUGACUGUAAUUUCUGCUUGUGCCCAUUCAGGGAUGGUUGCUGAGGGAGUUGAGAUAUUUGAAUCCAUGAAGAGGGAAUAUGGCAUUGAGCCAAAGAUUGAGCACUAUGGGUGUUUGGCAGACCUCCUGGGCCGAGCUGGUCUAGUGCAUGAAGCCGAGGAGGUAUUAUGCAAUAUGCCUAUGAAACCUCUUGUUUCCCAGUGGGGUGCACUCAUGGCUGCUUGUAAGACACACAACAAUGUUGAGGUGGGAGAGCGUGUAGGAAAGCGUUUGAUAUUGAUCGAACCACUUGAUGGUGGCCGGUAUGUUCUAUUGUCAAACAUCUAUGCAGCUGCUGGCCGAUGGGAGGAUGCCAGGGAGACAAGGAGAGCAAUGGAAGAGAGGGGGGCGAAGAAAGAAACAGGAUGUAGUGUCAUAGAAUUGGAUGGGACCAUUCAUGAAUUCAUUGUUGGAGAUACUACUCAUCCUCAAAGUAGAGAGAUAUACGAAAUGUUGAGUGAACUAAAAAGGGAGCUGAAGACGGUUGGGGCUGAAUAAUUUGCAAUUCAGGGCAUUGAUUGGGAAUGGAACAGACAUUGAGAGUGUUCAUAAUCCCAGUCUAAUAUUCAAAAGAUCCGUCAGUGGGAGUAAUUUUUUCAAGGAGUUCAAUUUUUCUGCAUUAAAUACUCCCUUUACUUGUUGCAGUUCUGUUUUGGAGAUGGAUAUGGAUAUGGAUAUGGAUGAGGGGUAAUUUGGAAAAUACAUAAACAAAAUGUUGAAGCAUGGUUAGAGUUUGAAAUCAAAGUAAACCUAUUUGGACAUAAUUUUAGUCUACCCAGUUGGUCUCCUCAUAAUUUAUUUGAAAUAAGGAUUGAGAUUAUCAAGCUUCGUGAAAAGGUAAGAAACAGAGACUGAAUACAUCCAUCACUACAGGGAGUAUGAACAUAAAAAGGAAGGUAGUGAUGAUCUGACUGACAAGGGUCCUUCUAUUAAUUCAAAUGGAUACUCAUAGAUAUUUCGCAAGCAGAAGUUUAUGGUUUAACAGCUUUGAUCAAAGGAUUUAGAACUAAUGAUCAUAUCCAAAGAGAUUGAGAGCAAGUGUGGAUUCAGUAUUCCAGGGCAUUAAAAUUCAAUGACAGAUGAAGUUGCAGAGUUUCUGGAUCUUGAGGAUUAAUUGAUGUUCCAUGUCCACCUGGAUCCAAACCAGAAAGGAUUAUUUGGAGGCCUUUAGCAGCUCCAGAAGAUGUCAGCUCCAGAAGAUGUCCAGACAUCCCAUCCAGCCACCCACACCUUGUAUAAUGUUCAUUGAACUCAACUUCAAUGCUGCUGCUCAUUGCAUUUUAAAGGGAUCUGGCAUGAUCUUUACAACGAGAUAUUGGUUCCUAAUGCUUUCUAUAAUUGAACCAUUGCCCUGGGAAUUCCAAGUAUCCUUAUAUGGAGCUGUUAUCAGUGUGGAUAAUGAAUCAUAAUAUCCAAGUUGGAAGCAAUGUGCAACUGUUUCAGUGUUCUCAAUGAACCCAAUCAUCUCAAAGCAUGGAAACUGGAUACAAGCAUUAAGGAUGUCCUUGAUUUGAUUAUCUAUUUGGAUUAUAGUAAGUUUUCUCUUGCUAGAGUUAUCACAGUAUCACUCCCACCAAGAGGCUCAAAGAAAAUCUGACAAGGAAAUUUUAUUGAAGCAAGUACAUGGGGUUUCUUACUUGGAGUGUAGCCGGCUCGAUUGAAGGGUUUGAACAUAAAGGAAAUUUGGAGUAAUUCUAAAGAGCUAGAACACUUAUUUUUUGACCAAAGAACUAUAAUCAUUUUCCCUCCGCUCUUUUCGGAUCAGACCCACUAAUGUUGUGGUUCUUCUUUUGGCUAAUUUAGCUCACAAAGUUAUGAAUAACAAAACCUUUGUGUCGAUCUGUAAUCUUGACAUUAAUAUUCUCGUACUUUAAUUUAAUGUUUUUUUUUUUUUUCUUUCCUUC